AUGAGUCAAGAUUUUCCUUAUUUUGCAGAAUUACGUUUUGACUUCAAAACAUCCGAAUAUGCUAGAAUUGCGGCUAACUCACUUUUGGCAAGCGAUGACUUGAAGCCAGACGAAUCUACAUCCAUUUUUGAUACUGAUGGUCAAUAUAUGGUCUUCACAGCAAAAGCAAGAGGACCAAAGUUCCUCAAAAAAUUAAUUAAUACUACAUUGCCAUCAAUUGAACUCAUUGAACAGACAAUCAACGAAUUAGCAAUCGAAUAA